UGGAGGCCAAGAACUCACUAAAUUUGCUGACGAAUAUGAGGAAGGCAAAGCUGAACUCGUCAGGAUUCCAAGGAUGCAGCUGAGGAUGUUACUACAGGAUAAACUCCGGAAAGAUGGGAUCAAGCUUGCUCACCAGCCGUACACGACACCGUUGUCUGAGCCCGAGAUCCGCGUUCUUCUACGAGUUCCCGCCUAACGAACAAGGACACAACACGAGUAAAAAGAAAACAACGUUCUCGAGGCUACUACGAGGGCUCAAAACGCAUAAAAAAGAAAAACAGGGUCACACGCAGGGUUCUCCAAAACAUAAUCGAGCAAGGAUGGGCGUACCACAAAGGGUGGACACGCCAGACAGUGUUUUACAGAGCGGACUCGGCCUCGGACCGGACAUGGGUCAUACGAUCUUGCGCUCGAUGGUGGAUCCCCGAGAUUACGAUAGGUUGAGGUAUUUCCAGAUGAACGGAGGACAGUCCAAUAGCUUUGAAGAAACUAUCCAGAGGCUGAAGGUUCAGGAGGCGUUGAAGCAAAAGGAACGAUAUACCAGGGAGAACGAGGACAUUUUAAGGGAUCUCCGGCAGGGAUUAAGGCAACUAGGGAGAGACGGUCGAGGUCAGCUCCCGGGUGAUGAUACUUAUAUGUACGACGACGAUGCGAGGUGUGGCAUGGCAGGUGGAUUGGGACCUGGACCAGGUGGUCAGCAUUGGUACGACGAACCGCCUUACGAAUCCGAUCCCGAAGAUUUCCUAAUGGGAGCAAGUGGUGGACCGAUACCAAGGACGACAUAUCAAAACGGAAAGGUGUGGUUCACAUUGAACUUAAGACCGGAGAAUCGAGGUGAGAGGGUGAUUUCACUUCCAACAGCCGGUGACAUCAGCCUACCAAGAGACCGCUCUCGAAAAUCAGCGGAUCGUUCUCGAAAACCAUCGGCCUCGUCCACUAUGAGAGGUCUUAUCGUUUCACAAGGUCUCAACAAUCCACCAGCAAUCAUACCGCUCACAAGAGCAUCCAGAGAAAGUGGAGAUUACGCAAGUAGUGAUGUACAGAGCCGGAGUAGCGGUGAGGAAGGGUUGUCACCCAGCCAGAGCAGCGACUACGAGGAUCAAGAAGAAUUAGAGAGCCAACACUCCGCUGCUAUUCACACAAGCAUCAACUCGUUCCAGUCUGAAGCAAGUGCUCUGCUUGAUGGUGACUCAAAAUCUGGAAUCGCAGGUACAGCGAGGUAUUUGAGAAAAGAUGUACAGAAAAAGAUAUCAAGACUUCGACAAGAUAGGGCGUCCUCCGAAGCUUUUCCUUGCAGUGCCAGCAGCGUCGAGAGUCUUCCAAGCGGAAGCGGUUCCAGUACACAAGCCCUGGUGCGGGCUGGAAGCAAUCAUAGCUCGAUAUCCUGCGAAGACAGGGAAGCCAUCAGCCCAACGUCCAUUGGUCCCGUUCUCUGCAGGGCUAGGGCUCUGGUCGAUUACACUCCCAGCCCUUAUGACAAAGAUGCUCUGAAAUUUAAGAAAGGUGAUGUCAUUGACGUAGUGCAAAUGAACAAGAGCGGUCUGUGGAAAGGCGUUGUUCAUAACAGAAUAGGACACUUCAAGUUCAUAAAUGUCGAGAUUCUAAACGAUAGGAUACCCAGGCGAGGUGAACCGGAGCGUGGAAAGUGGGGCCAAAGAUACAGACAGAAACCCGGAUCCGUUCAAGAGCUCUUACAAAGAAUGAACCUCCAGGAACACAUUCCGGUAUUCGUGCUGAAUGGUUACGAGGAUCUGGAGCUGUUUCGGGAGUUGGAACCUGCGGAUUUAGACUACCUUCGCAUUCAUCAACCGGAACAUCGGGCUAAGAUACUUACUGCAGUCCAGCUUCUCCAUGACCUGCAAUCCGGAAGCGAGGGGGACUUGGCUUCCAGUUCUGAGGGUGAUGAGGUGGGUCGCCUUGCCCCAACCUCUGGCCAGACAUCCGGUCACUGCUCGCCCUUCAAUCGUCGACAAUUCCCUCGAGAUUCCGGAUGCUAUGACGCCCACAAGAACCCCACGAGACGUACCUUGAGUCCAGAUACCUCGAAAGUCUCCAGGGAGAACAACCUCGAUGUAUCGGUCCAGGGCAAGUGUGCUGGUACCGAUAGCAUACCUUUGUCGGAGGCCAAAGACGAUUUCCAUCCGAACAUCCCAAUAUCCGGUACCGUCCAGAAAGAACAUCCGUUCGAGAAGUCUCCUUUGCUGCGCGGUGGUAACGUUCGCUUCAUCGCAAAAAGGGGCAAUUUUGGGGAAACGGUAAUAAUCGAAGAUGCCUGCGAAAGCGCCCACAAAUUAGGAAUGGUCAAGUAUAUCGUGGGUGGUAACAGUGACCUUGUUCUGGGAUGCGAAACCGGAAAUGCGACAGCGAAUUUAAGUCAAAGAGGCUGCCUAAGCGAGAAAUCCAGUGAUUCGGGUGUUAGCUCCUCCAGUCUCAGUUCCGCGCCGCCACCCAGGGACAAGAAUCUUGUUGCCACCGCAGCGUCCGAUUCACCGACCAAAAACUUUGGCAAUUUCACGCGAAGCUCACCAACCUCUCACGCUACUGCCGCCAAAACUCAGAGCAACGGUGCCAGUUUCCAGUAGUAAUGUCUUGCUGGAAAUAUUUCUACACACAUAUUUGAGAUAUAUCGUCCAAUGAAUAAUUUAUCUCAAUUACCACUGAAGCCGCCAUUGACGCAAGCACGAUUUCUGACGAUAGACAAUCUUCGCUAUCGUGUUAGACAUAGUUUUCGGCACGAUAGUGAACUGUAAAUCUGUACAUUGGCCUCACGGGGAACGUUAAAAUUUACAGAGAAUAAUGUACAUAACCAUAGAAACCUAACGAUGUUUUGUAUCGAACCUAUCUUUGCCAAAACUUAAGACUAGAUUCUAUUAAAUGACUAUACAAUAACGUUGAAUCUUAUGUACAUACAUGUAUAGUGUAAAACGGCGGAUAAAUUAAUUAUUAGUUGUUAUAAGUAGGAUUUAGAAUCGAUUAUGUACAUUAAUAGCGAACACGAUGGCUAUCGGCAAAUAUGAAAUCAGCUGAAAAACGUUAAUAUUAAUGAUUUACGUCCAUCGACUUUCGCGAUAUCGUCUCAGUUGACUUUUAUCUAGAUGUACCGAAAAGGUUCCAUUUUUAUCCAGCGAACAAGCUCACUUCCAAUAUCAUUAUAUUAUGCAAAAAAAUUCAGAAUUUAUUAACUGGAGCGUUAUUUGAAUCUGAGAUGAACUGAGUUCUAAGAUUAUUUAUUUGAAGUGUGCAGGGAAAAACGAUAGCUGAUAUUCAGUGUACUAAAAUCCGUCAAUAUUUUAGUGUUUUAAAAAUGUAAAGUCUUCCAUAUAUGUGUUGAAAAACUCGGAUUGGUUUAUUAAUUAAUGAGUAUGAAAAUUACAAAAUGUUGCAAUAUGUGAAUGUCAUUUAGAUUAAUACAACAUUAGCUGACUUCUCUUAUCAGAAGAGAAUUUGAAUACUAAUGACAUUUUUUAUUCAGACUAACAACCAUCUUUUUUCCUUGCAUCCUUCGAAUUCUGUAGAGUUCGCGAUCCACCGAGCCUCGGCAGCAAUAACAUUCGUCUUAAUUUAUAUUUUUGUGUCUUUUAUAAUGAGUUGAGCGACUCGAUUCCAGAUAAUUUAAAACGAUCUGUAAGAGAGAUACUGGUUUCUAUAACGUUGCUGUAGAUUAUCCGUUCCAUCGAGUAAUAAGGUGCAUUAAAAGAAAGAGAGAAAGAAAGAGAGAAAGAGAUGUUAAUUAGUGAUGAGUUUAUGAGAUGUGUAUAAAUAGACACGAUAGUGAUUUUACAUAUAUUAGCUCGGAGGGUAAGCAUCAUUCGGUGUAAAUUGUUUCACGUAUAGGCCCCGUAGGAAAUUAAGAAUUGCGAUUUAGUCACAAAAUUAAAAGCUAAAUAAAAGAGAUAAAUUAAUUCCUAAGGAGGCUACAAGUCUGUUCUAAUUCAAAAGAGACGAAAAAUCAAUAAAUUAUAAUAAGAACCGUAACAAAAGACGGACAAUGGUUUACGGUUAACGACCAAUAGCUGCGAAUUAGCCGUCGAAUUUAGUAUUUAAUCGCCUGUCGCAUAAGAUUUAAAUAAUUAAAGGUCUAGUCCAGUAUCGCCGCCUAACGAAAAUUGUAAAUAAACAUGUGUGGCUGCAAACGUAUGCGUGGGCCACCCAAAGUUUUUCUAAACUGAUUUUGUAUGUAUUGAUUAAUUGCGGGAAUAGGAGAAAUACCACUGUAAUUCUUACCUCUGAGUUUUUACAUGGUUUCAACGAUAAUAUUGUUAAUUUAUUGACUGUGAAUAGAAAUAAAUAACGAAGACUCAACAAUAA